UUGUUUGUAGGCCAUGCUUCGAGUCUCUGUGUACUCACAACAAUUUUCUGGGAGAUUGCUUAAAGAUAGAAGAAAAAAUUUGUUCAGCAAUGGAAAGUCCAGCAGAUACAGCACAAUCUGACAUAUUCAUUAAAACUGAAUACUUGGACAAAGAACUCGAUAUUAAUGAGGCAGAAUUGUCGAUCAAAGAUGAAUGUGUUGAUAUAAAGUCAGAAGUUGAAGAAAAGAGCGACACGUCUCCGCAGAGCUCCGAUAAUGAACCAUUCGAGAAGGCCCAGAUGUAUAGAUGUAACGAUUGUGAUUACAAAACUAAACACAAGAAUGCUAUCAAACAGCACCAAUUGAAGCAUAGUGAUCCUUCACAGGUUAAAAUGCAUAGGUGUAGGGAUUGCAGUUACGAAACUAAAUACAAGAGCGAUGUGAAAAAGCAUGAAUUGACACGUAAAGGUCCUUCGCAGGUUCAAAUGUACAGGUGUAAUGACUGCAGUUACGAAACUAAAUACAAGGGCGAUGUGAAAAAGCAUGAAUUGACACAUAAAGAUCCUUCACAGGUUCAAAUGUACAGGUGUAACAACUGUGAUUACGAAACUAAAUACAAGAGGAAUAUCAUACAACACCGAUUGAAACAUAAAGAUCCUUCACAGAUUCAAAUGUACAGGUGUAACAACUGUGAUUACGAAACUAAAUGCAAGAAGAGUAUCAAAGAGCACCUACAGAAACAAAGAUCCUUUGCAGGUUCAAAUUUACGGAUGUAAUGGCUGCGAUUAUAAAACUAAAUACAAGAGGAAUAUCAAAUGGCACCAAGUGAAGCAUAAAGAUUCCUCUGGAGGUCUAAAUGUAUAGGUGUAAUGACGCAAUUAUGAACCCAACUAUAGGAGCUCUAUCAUGUGUUGAAGCACAAACAGCCUUCUCAAGUGCAAAUAUACCGGUGUGAUCUCUGUGAUUUGUAAACUAAGCAUAACGCACAAAAAAAGGUUAGCAGCUGUGGAUUACCUUCCAUCAAAGUGCAGAAUAUAGUCAAAUGUAGUGUCAUUUAAGACUAAUAGUUGUGAAUGACACCGAAGGUAAAAUAGUGAACGUAACACCUGCCUUUAAAAACUUCGGUUGAAACACGAAGUUGCGACACCAAAACCUCACCGAUAGAAUGCUGACAAGUGGUUUGUAGAAAUCGCCAUAACCUAGUGAUGAAAAGUCCCUACUUUUCCCGUUUCUUAAAAUGUGACAGUCUGCUGAUUAAUAAACGGUUUACAAUUUCGAUGAGUUAUGUUAUAUGUGCACAUAUACAGGGUACAACUAUAACUGGGGUCAAUUUUCUUUUCUGGUUCAAAUUCUUUUUAGUCAAAUAAAAAGUUGAUUUAUUAGUUUUUUAAAUGCACUUUAAUUGUUUAAUUAAUUGGUUUUCG